CCAAAAUGUAAUGACAGGGAGGGAACUAAUAGCAAGCAGCGUACAGAAAAGCAAUGCUGUCGAAAUCACAUGAUCCGCAUUUCAGCUUGCAUGCAGUUGGUAUUAAAAUGUUUCCAGGAUCACCGACCGUGAACUGCGUACAUUGUUGCAAUAUUGCGAGAAAAGACAAAUGUCCCUCGGAUCUUUUGUAACUAGCUAGCCUUAUAUUUUAUGACAUCGGGGCUCAGUCACGUUUCCGCAGAACUUAGCAUUUAGUGGUAACUAGCUGUACCUUGCAACUGUUAUUGUUGCUCGGAUCCAAAGUGACAGGCAGAUAGAACGAAAGUGCGAGGGGGACUGCGAAUUAGCUAAGUUAGCUAGCUACUAGGAGGGCUGAAGCCAAGCGAGGCCUGACUGAGCGAGAGGAUCGUGUUCCCUUCCGACAGAAACACGGCGAAAUCAUGGCCAACAUCGCGGUUCAAAGGAUAAAACGGGAAUUUAAAGAGGUUCUCAAAAGCGAGGAGGUGGGCUUAUUUUUUUUCAAUCGACCGUGAGGCUACGCUAAAUUGCUAGCUGAGUUGGUGUCUAACAUAUUGGCUGUUGUUGAAAAUGAGUGUUUUGUUAGCUAGCUACUGAGGUUACUUAGCCAGAUGUUAACAAAAGUGAAGGACAAGGCGCUAACUACCUUGCUUGCAAACGAAGGCCAAGGAAGGAACGCGUGAUUGGAUUUUUCGCAACGUUGGUUAACGUUAUGCUGCUAACUUAACUAGCCUACAGGAAAUUCCCUGCCUGGAUGCUAACGUUAGCGUUUCUAACGAAGGUAGCUAACUAACGGUAGCUAGCUAGCUAUAGGCCAGGGUUGUGAGAGUAAUGAAAGAAGUCACGCAAAUACGCCCCACACUGAUUUAAUAUUAGGCUUAAUGAACCUUUAUGAAGUCAAACUAGGGGUGGUAGCUAACUAGUCAACUAAAAAGUAUGAUAUUUGCCACCCACAGUUAACGCUGUGUCUUUACUACCAGGGUGUCAACUUCUGCCGCAUUGGCAGAUUUGGGUUCGAAAGCUAGCGUGACAUUUUCUACCUACUUGUCCUGUUGCAGGUGAUUAUGACAUGCUUCAUGCCAUGCAUUGCAAGUUAAAGGUAUUGAGCAACAUAAAUGUCAUGUCAUGGUAGUACUGCAAUAGUGAAUGGAGUUAACGUUAGCUAACUAGUUUAGCAUAUCCCGUAUGAAUCUGUAGCACAAGUCACUACUUGGAACUGCCAAACCUCUCAUACUGUUGCUUCUUAUCAAAUUAUCUGUCAUAUUCAAGUGGAAGGAGACAGAUCAUGUAAACGAAUUAGCUUUCACCGUUCUGUGAGUAUGUCUGUGUUGAGAGGAAGUUUGGUAGACUUGAGGUACCCUCUUAUGGCUACCCCUCCUUUCCUUUACACCCCAACAUAACCAACUGAUGACCUCUGCUUCUCUCUUCUUCUCUGACAGACGAGUAAAAACCAGAUAAAGGUGGACCUGGUGGAUGAGAACUUCACAGAGCUGAAGGGGGAGAUCGCAGGGCCACCUGACACGCCGUAUGAAGGUGAGAGGCCCAGGGGGGGUGCUGACUUGGGACUGUGGACACACCUAACUGGUUUACCUGGGACAGACCUACCUGUGUUGAGUUGAGGGCUGAGGCAGACUUACUUACCUUACCUUGGGCAAACUCCAGUCUGUCUACUGCUCCACAAUAGGAUUCAAAUCAGUUUUGCCUGAAGGGAGUGAGGGUUGUGUCAUGCAAAAGAUUACAGACAAUUUGAGCAGUCGCUUGAUCCCAUAUUUUAGUCAGAACUUGUGCAUAUGUUGGAGUUCUUGCUGUCAUAACUAUUUGCUUUCUGUACUUUUCAGGUGGCAGAUAUCAACUAGAAAUUAAAAUUCCAGAAACAUAUCCUUUCAAUCCACCAAAGGUAUGUAUAAAAAUCUAACAUAUUCUAAUGUUUGUCGUUCAGUUGUGAAUUUUGACCACAUUGACCUUUGCCAGGGUAAAGUCCUUCGCUAAUUCACAUGCUUGUUUAUGUGCUUCCCACGGCCCCCCAGGUGCGAUUUAUCACAAAGAUCUGGCAUCCCAACAUCAGCUCAGUCACAGGUGCUAUAUGUCUGGACAUCCUCAAAGACCAGUGGUAAGUCACUCUGUUCAAAUACUCUUAAAAGGUCUCGUUUUUUCAUUGUCAUGUCUUUGUUACGGCUGAUCCCAGUUCUUAGGACUCUAACACCCUCUCCUCUGUGUCUGACAGGGCGGCAGCUAUGACGCUGAGGACAGUGCUGCUGUCACUACAGGCCUUACUGGCAGCUGCAGAACCAGAUGACCCACAGGAUGCUGUGGUGGCCAAUCAGGUGAGAGGAAUACUGGGUGUCUGUGUGUGGGAGAGCAUGCAUAAUAAGUAUGCCUGUAAUGUUUGUAGAUUUUUGUCAUUUGUUUGUAAACUAAAUGGGAUUUACUAAAUUGUAGCCUAGUGAGGUUUCUAUGCUGCGGUCUUGCUGCCUGCUCAAUAUUGUGGUGUGGUCUUUCUCUCUCUCUCCUUUUCUCUAUUUUUUUGCUCUCUCUCUCUCCAGUAUAAGCAGAACCCAGAGAUGUUCAAACAGACAGCCAGACUCUGGUCUCAUGUGUAUGCCGGCGCCCCCUCGUCCAGUCCAGAGUACACCCGCAAAAUAGACAAACUCUGUGCCAUGGGCUUUGACAAAGUGAGUGACCAACCCCUUAUUACUGUCUCAUACCUUCAUAAGUCAUUUACACUUUAUUAUCGUAUUACAAUAUCACUGUUGAUAGGUGGUGUUCUUUGAUCCCGUUUUAAUAUGGUUCACCAAUGGAUCUCAGUUUUGUUUGAAUACUGUAUCACAGUUAUGACAGUGUUAUAAACUUCUUACGCUCCUGUUUAUCCUAUCUCCAUAGAAUGCAGUAAUAGUGGCGUUGUCGUCGAAAUCCUGGGAUGUGGAAACAGCAACAGAGCUACUGCUCAGUAACUGAGUCUCAACGCCCCCACCUGACCCCUCCAUACCCCUCUCCUUCAGUCUCCCUCCAUCUGAAGCCCUCUUCUAUUCUCUGCUGUUCCUCUGACCCCUCACAUCUACCUGUUGGAUACCCCCUCUCAACCUCCUGGCAUUUCUCUCAUUGUCGUCAUCAUCGCUGUACCACUCUCCUCCAUCUUCCCUGCUAUCUUCUCGUUGGCACUAUUCCCUUCCAUCAUUUCACAUACCUCAAUCAAAUGACUCCUUCCCUUAGGCCAUGUGCCAUUCCUCUUCCUCUCUACUCAUGCUGGACCCUAUUCAUGUCCAUUACCAUCCCAACUCCUUCAGACUCGCUGGCUUUGUCCAAACACUCUCCACUGGUGUCCUAUGACUUAUACAAUCCUUUUACAUCAGUUAUGACCUUGAAGAAAGUAAGGAAGCGGUGUAGGAUUGUUUGAACAGAGCCAUCUCCACCAUUUUGGCACUUACCACAUCACUGAUGUUUCCUAGCACUUGCAGUAGCCACAUCAUGUGUCACCUGUCUAAGUCUUACUAUCCCAAACUCCCCUGCCCACCCCAUCAGCAGGUAGCCACACCCCUCUCAACCCUGUCAUGACUAUCAUCAUCAUCACUCUUUCUUCUUCCCCUUUUUUUUAUCUGGUUCUGGCCUCCUAUAGGAAGAUGAUUAGAUUCCGGUUUUUAGAAAGAAAACAAAACGGAAAUGCUCACUGAUAACGCUACUCAAGCAAAUUAAGACUGGGAGUUAAAAAAAUAGUGGUUUGAAAGAUAUCGCAUCCACUGAACUACGCCAACAGAGGUAAAAAAAACGGUCAAAAUAAUUCAUCUGUAAAUAAAGCUAUUAAAGUCUGUAAAUUAAUCCAAAA